GGGGUUGGUGUUGUGUGGAACGACGGAGACGAUGAUGAAGAAGAAAGAAGACCACCCUAAUCUCAUCGCUUUCAAAAACCCUCUUCUCCUCCUUCACUAAUCCUACCCAUGUUCUAAAACCCUACUUCCAUCUUUCACUUGCUUGUGAUUUCUAUCAUAUCCCCUUUUUGUUUUUCAUCAUCUUAAUCUCCUACAAUUUAUCUCAAGAAAACCCACAUGGAUGUUAUUGCAGUCGAACCUUCAAUUUGGAACACUUCAUCAUCAUAUAGAACACUCCCUAAACCUACCCUUUUCAGAAUAUCACCAAAAAGUUGCCCUAAAAUCUUGCAUUGUACACCUGGAGUUGCUAGAUUCAACAAAAGGGUUAUUCUCAGAAACUUUCUUGAUUCAAGAUUUUCGAUAAAUAGUUGUUAUAGAGUUGUUAGUGAGGAUAGAGGAUUGAGAUCUGUUUGGGUUAAAAGUAGUAAUGUGGAAAACCAUUCAAAAUCCCCAAGUUUGGAUUAUGAAAUUUUGGUUAAGAAAGGAUUGGUUUUAUUGGCUGUGUGUUGUGGGGUUGUAGGGUUUGGAUGCAGAAGGGUUCUUGCUGCUGAAGGAGUCUUGAAUGGUGGAUAUGUGGGCUUAGACCAGAUUAAGUUGUCAUUGAUGAACUCUUUGCCUAAAGUUUUGAUGGUUCUUAAGGUUUUAAAGGAACAGGGUUUGAUCUUGGCUGCACUUUUUGGUCUUUCUGCAUUUUUCUCCAUGGCUGAGACUUCAAUUACUACUCUUUGGCCUUGGAAGAUCCGAGAGCUGGCUGAGAAAGAGUCGGAGAACGGUGUUUUCAAAAUGCUACGCAAUGAUGUUACUCGGUUCUUAACAACCAUACUUAUUGGCACGACCGUUGUCAAUAUUGGAGCAACAGCACUCGUUACUGAAGCAGCAACUGCAAUAUUCGGUGAAGCAGGUGUCAGUGCAGCCACAGGAGUAAUGACGGUUGCUGUUUUGCUACUCACGGAAAUAACUCCAAAAAGUAUAGCUGUUCAUAAUGCCACCGAGGUUGCAAGAUUUGUGGUCAGGCCGAUUGCAUGGCUUUCUUUAGUCUUAUAUCCUGUUGGACGAGUUGUAACGUAUCUCUCAAUGGGAAUGCUGAAAUUGCUUGGUCUGAAAGGAAGAAGUGAACCAUAUGUCACUGAGGAUGAACUGAAAUUGAUGUUGAGAGGAGCUGAACUAAGUGGGGCCAUUGAAGAGGAGGAACAGGAUAUGAUUGAAAAUGUUCUAGAAAUAAAAGACACAUACGUUCGGGAGGUUAUGACACCUUUGGUUGACGUUGUAGCCAGUGAUUCCAGUGCAACACUCGUCGAUUUCCACUCCCUGUGGGUAACUCAUCAGUAUUCGAGGGUACCGGUUUUUGAGCAACGUGUUGAUAAUAUAGUUGGUAUUGCGUAUGCAAUGGAUCUAUUAGACUAUGUUCAAAAGGGAGACCUACUAGAAAGUUCCACCGUGGGGGAUAUGGCUCAUAAACCUGCAUACUUUGUGCCUGAUUCAAUGUCGGUUUGGAAUCUUCUUAGAGAAUUUCGUAUCCGGAAGGUACACAUGGCUGUUGUUCUGAACGAAUAUGGCGGGACAGUUGGAAUUGUAACACUGGAAGACGUGGUUGAAGAAAUUGUUGGUGAAAUUUUUGAUGAAAAUGAUUCGAAAGAGGAAAUUGAGAAAAAGACUGGGUAUAUUGUAAUGCGAGCCGAAGGAAUUUAUGAUGUGGACGCAAAUACAUCUAUUGAUCAGCUUUCUGAAGAUCUCAACAUAAAGAUGCCAGAGGGGCAUCAAUAUGAAACGGUAUCAGGGUUUGUGUGUGAGGCAUUUGGAUAUAUUCCGAAAACAGGUGAAAGUAUAAAAGUGGUACUAGAGAAGGAAGAAGAGCAUGAAGAGUAUACGGAUGAUCAGGGGGAUCGGCAAAAUCAAAAUCAGAAAGAAAAGAACCAAAUAUUUCAAAUAGAGAUUUUAGCGGGCAAUGCGAGAAAAGUUGGUGCGGUGAGGUUUGAACGAGUUUCACACGAGUCGGAAAGCACGAAGGACGUGAAGAAGCUGGUUCCGAAGAUCAUGAAAAGGAAAUAUGAUGAUGAAAGAGGUAGGAUUGGGGAAGAAGAGGAAGAGGAAGAGGAAGAGGAAGAGGAGAAACAUGAAAUGAGAGAGGGAGAAUGAAAGGUUUUGAGAUUGAAUUGAAGUAGUAGG